AUGACAUCAAAGGGUCCACUCUGCCCCGUUGGUCCCGUGACUGCCCGUCUGGGGUUGGCGUCGUCGGGCGGUAUCGAUAAGACAGUCCAGACCCAGUCAGCGUCGGUCGUCUGCUUUGCGCUUCUCGAUCCAGUGUCUUCCGCAUCUCCCUCGGCGCCCCGACCUCAAAUGGCAUCAGUGAAUCCCGAACUGCCCGCGGAGUCGGCUUCAUUGUCCGCCUCUCUCUAUGACGUGUUGACAGACCUGCACCAAAACCAAUAUCCCCAUGUUCCUAACCCGCCGUCAUGCAAAAAGCGUGCGUCGGUGGCCCUCGUCCUUCGAAUUCGACCUACGUACCAUCACUGGCCCACCUCGGAGGGCGCUUCUUUGUCUCUUCCAGACCACACCGCUCCAGUCCCUGAACGAUUGUCGUCCUUCUUCUCUCAAGACUGGGUUCGGAAUGGAGAUUCGGAGGUUCUUUUCAUCAAACGGGCGUCUCGCGCCGGGGACCGCUGGACUGGUCACGUUGCUCUCCCGGGAGGCAAACGGGAUCCGGAAGAUGUCGACGACAAGGCGGCUGCCGUUCGAGAGGCCUCGGAGGAAGUAGGGCUGGACCUGACAACGGCGGACUGUAUACACGUGGGGAAUCUGCCGGAACGGGUGGUCACCACCAGCUGGGGCUCGGUACCGUUGAUGGUUCUCUGCCCUUUUAUCUUUCUGAUGACUCGCAGCGACUCUCCCCCUCUACGCUUGCAGCCGACUGAGGUGGCCUCUACCCAUUGGGUCCCCUUGCGGGCCCUUUUGUCGCCCUCCCUGCGGACGGUGGAAAACGUGGAUAUGUCUCAGCGGCUCUCGAACAUGGGUGGGAUUAUACUGCGGUUUGUCUAUCGCUGUACAUUGGGUAUGAUGCAAUUUUCGGCCGUGCGUCUACGCCCAACGGAAAGCUUGCAGUCCAACACGACCCCGGGACUAAUUCCCGACGACUACCUGGAGCCUCCAGUCUCGUCGUUGCGGCGAUGGAUGACAUGGUCCUCCGGCCGUCAAUCCGAUCCUGCUAAGCAGGAGCGGCCUUUGCUCCUCUGGGGGCUGACUCUUGGGAUUUUAGCCGACUUCUUGGAUAUGCUUCCGCCUCAUACCGCGGUGCAAUUGUGGAAAUAUCCGACGUUCACCACGCCGGAUCUGUGGUUAAUCGUGACCGUGCUGACUUACCGCCUGCGAAAACGCAACCAACUUCAGGUUCAGUCGGGCGCGCGCCCUAGCAAUACGGCUGUGGACGGUCAAACGGCGGCGCUGCCAGUAACACAGACGACCGACGACAACAACGAAGUGGGCAUUGGGGGCCUCGGCGUUGGCCGAUACUAUGGACUAUCUGACAAGGUUCCGGAUGGAAGUAAAUAUGCCGUGGGUAUGUUGCUCAAAGGCUACUAUUCCCGAUUACGCGUUGCUGUCUCUAUCUUCCUGGCCUGGCGGGCAGUCCUCGGAUCUCUGGCGGCGGUAUAUACUUGGCGAUUCUUUCGACGGCGGCAAUGA